AUGGGUGCCCGUCCCUGGGUGUCCAGAGGUGUUAGAGAUGGGGUGAACAGCCUGGGGGGAGAUGGAGGACACGAAUUCCCCCAGCAUCCCCACAAACCCCNCUCCUCCCCGGGCUGUAGAGAGAAGGACAACGAGCCCCGAACACGUCACGGUGACCCCGAUCCCGCCCGCCCCCGGCGCCGCUCCAGGAGCUAUUCCCCCAUCAGGAAGAGGAGACGCGACUCGCCCAGCUUCAUGGAGCCCAGGAGGAUCACCAGCGCCCGCAAGCGUCCCAUCCCCUACUACCGGCCCAGCCCCUCGUCCUCCAGCUCGCUGAGCACCUACUCGUACAGCCGGAGCCGCAGCCNGAGCCCCCCAGAAAGUCGAGACAAGGCGAUAACAAUUAAGCAGCGCUGA